AUGGAUCACGAAGCGAGUAGCCAUGCAGGCGAUAACAAAUCACUUUACUCUGUGCCUUCAUGUCAAAACAUCUAUGAUUCCAAUCAUUCAAAAACUGAUAAAAGAGAAAAGCAUGAGAAUUACAAGAGCGGAGAAAGAAAGGAUGUUGAGGAUUUGUUCAUAUCUAUCUAUCUAUCUAUCUAUCUAUCUAUCUAUGCCAAUCCGUAUCUGUCUAUUUAUCUAUCUAUCCCAGACUGUUCAUUAUCUAUCUAUCUAUCUAUCCCAGACUGUUCAUUAUCUAUCUAUCUAUCUAUGCCAAUCUGUUCGUAUCUAUCUAUUUAUCUAUCUAUGACAAUCUGUUCGUAUCUAUCUAUCUAUCCCAAUCUGUUCAUAUCUAUCUAUCUAUCCCAAUCUGUUCAUAUCUAUCUAUCUAUCCCAAUCUGUUCAUAUCUAUCUGUCUGUCUAUCUCUUGGCAUCACACUGUUUUCAACCAAAGUAAUAUAA